CCCAUUCUGGCUACAACGAGAUCGCAGAUAUCGCGAUGUUAAAUGUCGAAACAAAUCGGAAGGCGUAUAAAAAAUAUCACAUUCAGACACAAUAACAUUGUUUUUAUAUUUAUUUGUUUUAUUAUUCAAUGUUUUGUUUAGCCUAACUAGGAGGCCGAUAGCUAUCUACGGUACAUAUGUGGCUGUUCACUUGAAUUUUUCUGGAUUGCCAAACGUUUGCUGAUACACAAGUGUUGUGAUAUCCACCCAAGCCCCUCCCACCUGUGACCUUCUCCAGCGGCUCUACAGCAACCCCUAGGCGUCUGCAGAACCAAGGGGGGAGGGGGGGUGCAGGGAGGAGUGCGUGGGCUACAGCAGAACUGAACAGGAACAGGGAUCAGGGACAGGAUAUAGGGACCAGUAUGCCUCUUUUCUUCAGGAAGAGGAAGCCAAGUGAUGACUCCAAGAAGAGACUGGAGUAUCAGCUGUGUCUGUCCAAAGAGGCUGGUGCCGAUGACAUCUUGGACAUCUCCAACUGUGAGCUCUCAGAGGCCCCUGCCACGGCCUUCUCCAUAUGCAGGGUCCUGCAGAAGAAGGUCUUCAUUCUCCAUGGGAAUGAGCUGAGGUCUCUGGUGCCGAAAGGAUGCAGCAUCAGCUGCCUGGCGACACUGAAGGUUUUAGAUCUGCAUGAGAACAAGCUGACGUCACUUCCUGAUGACAUUGGACAGCUCAAGUCCCUGCAGGUGCUGAACCUUGAGAAGAACCACAUAAAAGCCCUGCCCGAUUCCAUCGGGGACCUCCGGCUCCUCCAGACCCUCAAUGUGAAAAGGAACAGUCUGACCCAGCUGCCGGCCUCGCUGGGUCAAAUGAGCAGCCUGCGCACGCUGGACCUGAGCGAGAACGGCGUGAGGGAGCUGCCCACGGAGCUGGCCAACAUCCGCACGCUGGAGUGCCUGACGCUGGAUGCCGCUCAGAUGUCCUUCCCUCCAGCCUCUGUGUGCGGCGGCGGCACUGAGGUCAUCCAGCGCUUCCUGUGCACAGAGCUGGGGGUGGAGUACUGCCCCCCCUCUCAGUACCUGCUGCCCGUGCUGGAGAGCGACGGCUGUGCCCAGAUGGAGGACUGCGUUGACGGGGAGGAGGUCGCUUGGCAGAGUAAAUUUCAGGACUAUGAGAAGAAAAAGGAGCAGAAGCAGCAGGAGAAGCUGGAGUUUGAGCGCCGCCUAGAGGAGGUGCAGCGGGAGCACACUCAGCUGUUCCUCCUCAACAACUCCCGCAAGGAGGACAUCCUCCUGUCCGUCAGACAGGAGCAGGAGCGGUUGGAGCAGGGCUUGUCCCAGCAGCAGAGGACGCUAGAGCUCGAGAGGCAGAGGCUGCUGGGACAGGUCAGGAUAGCGGAGACCAGCAUCACCAGCCGCAUCUCCUGCCUGCUGCUGGAGAACAAGAGGCAGAAGAAGACUACAGAAUUCCUGCAGGCUCUGGAGGAGGACCGGAUACGGAUGGAGCAGCUGACCUCCAUCACACAGGAAGAAGCUGAUUCACUGCGCAAGAGGGAAGUGGCAGCGGCCAUGCAGAAGAUGCUGUCGGAGGGCUACUCCAUGCGCCUGCUGCAGGAGACGUGCGAGACCCGCAGGCAGAGCCUGGUGACGGAGACGUGCCGCAGCAUGGAGACUCUGGACAGGAAGUUUGACCAGGUGCUCUCACUGCAGCAGCUCGAUAAAUCCAAAGCUAUAGCUCAGAUCCUGCAGGAGGAGGAAAUGCAGAAGGCGGCCUUCGAGGCGCUGCAUCUCAAAAAGGACAGCAUGCACGGCUUCAUUCGCAAGCAGAUUAGGCUAAUAGAAGCUGAGUUAAUGCAGCUGACUAGGCUGGAGGUAAAGAGGCGAGAUCUGGACGCUGAGAAUUUGCAGGAGGUGCUGGCAGACCAGCGGGCCGCUCUGACAGACCUGCUGCAGCAGCUCCUCAAACAGAAGGACCAGAGAGAGGUGGAGCUACGGCAGGUCCUGACGGAGAUGGAGCUGAAGAGCGAUUCAAACCAGCAGAACUACUGGAUGAUUCAGUACCAGAGACUCCUGGACUCCAAACCACUGUCCCUGCGCAUGCAGGAGGCUGGAGUAGAGCAGCAGUUGGUGUCUCUCCUGUGCAAGCUGUCUGCUCAGCAUUACCUCCCUGUGAUCGCUCACCACCACAUCACCUCUGAAGCUCUGCGUCACAUGACCUCCGCUGACCUCAGCAAGCUGGGAAUCUGUGAGGUGGGAAUACAGAAGGCUCUGCUCAUCUGGGCCAAGGAGCGGAUCAGCCCAUCUGCUGAAGGUGCGUGUGAGGCACAGGAGGAGCUCGCAGGUGCGUGUGAGGCACAGGAGGAGCUGGCAGGCCCGUCCCAGCCCUCUGCCCCCACCCUGCUCCUCAGCCCCCCAUCGUCUCCGGGCUCCUUCGAGCUGGCCCUGACCCCCACCGCCCCCGGCCCUGACGACUCACCCGGCGCCUCUGAGUGUGUGGUGUGCAUGGAGACGGAGCCCCAUAUGAUCUUCCUGCCGUGUGGGCACGUGUGCUGCUGCCAGGUGUGCAGCGAGGUGCUGCAGACCUGUCCCCUGUGCCGCAGUGGCAUCGGCCAGCGCAUUCGCCUCUACCGCAACUAGGGGGCGCCGCAGGGGACCCCCGCCUCCCGCAUCUCCUCCUCCAUCCAUCCAUCCCUCCAUCCGGUCCUGCACACGCACUCGUCCCCGCUGGGUGGGCGGGUGGGGGGUGGGGGGGGUCCUGUGAAUGCCCCCUGGCCCCUCCUUUCACACCCGGGGUGGCUGACAAGCACCUGUCCUUCAGGCCCUCGUUAAAGGGACUCGUCAGCAUCGUUAAACAGCUCGUUAACCUUGUAGAAUGAAGGGUGAAUAGCUUGUAAAGGACUCGUUAAAUUGCUCGUUAACCUCGUUAAAGUGACCUUGGCCCAAUGACAGAGCGAGCCGUUAGUGGUUUGCGUGCGCAGGUGCGCUCGGGAGGGGGCGCUGCGGGCUCGGGAGAGCGGCAGUGUGGUUCGGCUCGGCGCUGUCACGGGCGACGACCCUCUCGACCGCACCGCGCUUCUAGCGUCUAGCAUCGCUUUCCCUGUGACGCUUUCCCUCUUAUCCUCUCAUCUGAUUGGCUGACUAAAGGGCGUAACGGGUCUGUGGGGUCGGAGGUGUCAGCUCUGAGAUGGGCGGGGCCUGCGGGCAUGGCACAGCAUGCUGCAUCGUUAUGGCAUUCUACCCCCCCCACCCCCCCACCCAUCCACUAGCAGCAUGACAACCCCAAAUAUCACAUCCCAUAAUAGUGCCUCACUCCAUCUGAGCUUCCUCAAUCUGUCACCUCGCCCCAAAACUAAGACUAGCCCAUAAUCGCUGUCCCUAAAUGUAAUCAGUGUCUCAUUCCCAAAAAUUACUCACACUGAAACCUUCCAUGCAAGUGUACUUAGACAUUUUUAAAUCCUGCAUGCUGGGGGAAGGGAAUUCCCCAAAGCUCAUACUGUACUCUAAAGAUUAACGUUGCUAGAUAGUACGGACCUCUUGAUCACUAACUAUUUAUGUGUUUAAAUGAUCGGCUAUAGUGGGGUCAUGACCUUUUUAAGAGGACUCGAGCUGGCUUCGGUUUUGCAUGGUUUCGGUGAUGUCGUGAGAGACGAGUUUCCUGAGCCUAAUGAAGGGGGCGGAGUGUAAUGAUGUCGGCCGUUGCUUGCUCUCAGCCACUGAAGUGCAUCAGCCAAUAGAAUUUUCUUCAGCAGAACUUCACGAUUGGCUCACGUUCAGCAGGUCACCUGACACCACGUCAUAAAAAGAACGCUGCAGAUAAAUUGCAUUUAUAUAGCGCCUUUAUCAAAGCCUUUUUUGCAGCCAGAUUGAGAGAGCCAGAUGGGGAAUUUUGGCCAGAACAUGGUGGAACCCUGAAUGACAAAGUAGCCUUUGUAAUCCGCUGAGAACAAUCAUAGAAACAUGUAGCAGUGACCCUGCAUCAUGGACUCAGUGAAACAUCUGAAUCCUUUUAAACUGCCACCCUCUCUCAGUGCUUUCUCAGUCACUUCAGUGUGUUCCGAUGCCUGAUGCAGAAAAACAGUCUUACCUGCUGGAGCUUGCAUUCAAAGCUGUCGCAUACGUGCACACACACACACACACACACACACACACAUGCGUAUCUGAAGCUAGGACAGAACACAUUUCCAAAUAGCUCACACCUGUCCCAAGAGCAUAGCAUGCUGUGGCAUCCCCUUUAAAGUACUUCAGGGUGUAAUCAUGUUUAUAUCAGGUUUAGAUCAUGUUUUUAAUGUUUUUUUAUGUUCUGUUUUAAUAUUGCAAGCUUUCUCUCUUCCUUUCUCUCCCUUUCUCCAUCUCUCACUGCCGCCAUACUGCUUUUAUACUGCCCUUCAUAUUUCCAUAUGUGUCUCUGAAUCCCAAAUAUGAGGAAUAUAUCUUGAUUAUAUUUCUGGAGAAAUGUUACAGAUUACUAUAUGUGUGAGUGUAUAGUGCUUCUUUAAGAACUCCCAAUUUCUUCUGCUCAUUAUUGAAAAAAUAUACGACAAAUGUGUAUGUCAUAUUAUACUAUAUAUUCUGUAUGUCUACUGUAUGCACAGAGAACAUAUAUGAAUGUGGCCAGGAUUGAUAUGUUUGAAUGUAAGAUGUGUAUUUUAAUUCCCCUGCCUCUUAAAUUGCUGUGUCCAUUUUCCCUCCUGUAGAAUCCCAGCCCCAUUCCAUAGUAAUGGAAUGAUGGGAGUCCCAGAUUUGGGUUGCCCUGUAGUGCGGUUUAGGUUCUGUCCAUCCGUACCCUCCAAAUGUGGCAGGCAGCCAGACAAACUGCAGUGGGAGGAGUCAGUCAGUGUUGCCAGAUUAAUAAAUCCCUCCUUCCUCCCCCUAUCUUCAGUUGACUUCUGAAGACAUAGAUUCAAUAGAUUCCACCCCGCCCCCACCCCACCCCCCGAUACAACCUUUUUAACCCCAGUCUACAUUUAAUUCCUGUUUUGCUUCCUCUGAAGCAUUUCAGUGAUUCCCUAAAUCCCCAUAUUUGGGGGUUUAAUAGGUGUUUGGCCUCAGGAUCUCUACUCUAAUUACCAUGAAGUCAGAACUGGUUUUCUGCUUUUUAUUAUAUUAAAAUGGCCCAAACCCAGUCUUUUAGUAAUUGUUUGAUGCAAAGCUAGAAAACUACUUUCUGCUGGUGGGUGAGUUUAAAUGAAACUAUAAUUUUUUUUUCCCGACACAAGUCUCAAGUAUUCUUUUGUAUUUUUUGUUUUUUAAAUGUAAUCUUGGACUAUGAGUGCUGUAGAGCGUUUCACACGCACACAACCAUAUCAUGGUAUUUCACAUGUUGUUUGUUGUGAGCAUCGUGAACAUUGCGAUUGGCAAGAUCCUCGUUCUGAGCUGCUGUAAUAAAUGUGUGUUCACUUCUCUUUCCCCUACUUACUGUACGUGUUUGUUGAUCUAUGCAAAUAAAGGAGUGAGGUUUUUUUCUUC